GAGAGAACUGCGCUGUUCUUUCGCUUUCCGCUCUCGUGCGUCUGACUGGGUUCUGCUGGUAUCUGACUGGGUUCUGCUGGUAUCUGACUGGGUUCCGCUGGUAUCUGACUGGGUUCUACUGGUAUCUGACUGGGUUCCGCUGGUUCUGCCAUGGUUCUGAUGGAUCUGGGUCUGCGGGUGCUGUGGACGGGUGCUCUGCUCUCAGUUGUGAGCGUUGCCGUGGUGAUCACUCCUCCUAAAGUGGUGGUUGAGUAUGGAGGCCCCACCUCGGCCGUGUGCACCACUAACCUCACGCACAUGGGUCUGGGCUGGGAGGCGCCGCAGGGGCCGGUGGAGGCGAAAGCUGACGUCCAAUCCCUCACCUGGACGGUGGACAAUCUCACAGAGUGGGACAUUUCUCCAUACUGCUAUCUCACCAAAACCAACAACGAACAGGAGACAGAAAAACUCCAAGUCCUGGUUUACAAGGUUCCAGAUAAGGUUUCCCUCAGUUUGGUGCAGAAAUCCUCGGGUCCGCUGGUGGAGGGGAAUAUUAUUGAGCUCCACUGCAGAGUCGAGAACGCAGCGCCGGUCAAAGAUAUGAUGAUUGCCUGGUUUAAAGGGAAGGAUAAAGUGAAAACUGAUCAGUUCUUUCGCGACACUACCAUCACUCCAAAAAACGAGUCCAGAAACAUGACAAUUAUCGCCAAAAGAUCACUUAACGGAUUGGAGUACAGGUGUGAAGCUCUGCUGCAUCUGGGACCAGAAGGACCCCAGCCUCCUCCUACAAAGACUUCAGAAACUCUGAGGCUAAAUAUUUACUAUGCUCCAAAGUUCCUGACAGAAGUGGAGAUGUUUCAGCAGAUGAAGGAGGAGGAAGGGAUGGUUCUGAACUGCACUGUGGAGGGAAACCCUCCCCCCUCGUACUCCUGGACCCCCCCUAUAGAGGGCCAGAACACCAGGCCAGUGGUGACGGUAAAGACGGCGGGAAACUACACCUGCAGAGUAUCCAACGACCACGGAUCUCACCAGAAACUCUUCAUCAUCUCACCAGCACCUAUUAGACUGCAGGACCGCACUACGUUCUGGGCUAUUCUGGGGGUGGGACUGGUCGUGGCAGGGGCGCUGGUUGUAGGAUAUUUGGUUAAAAAGAGGAUGAGCUCACUACCAGUCGUCGGUUGCCAGGCAGAACCCGGCCGGAAUCCCUCUCGCCUCUCCGCCAGGACUUUAUUCCAUAUCAACACCACCUUAAAAAUGAUGCAGAACUCGCUGAGAUACGUCCUGCUGCUGAUCGCCCUGCACACAGAUGUCUCCUCAGUCUGGAGUGAUAGCUGUUCUCUGGAGAUAACGCCGGCGAGGGUGGUGGUGGCGUUUGGGGAGCCGGUGACGGUCAGCUGUGUGGCCUCCAGGCCGGUGCGAGUGCUGGGAUGGGAGUCGGCCAUCGGGGCGUCCCACACUCAGCGGGACACCAGCGUCCAGUGGCAGGUGGACAGUCUGAUCGACUGGAUUGAGGAGCCGAUCUGUUACGGAGUUUUCUUCACCGCACCCAGACAGUGUGAAGAGAAACUCAACCUGGUUCUGUACAAGACUCCGGACAGCAUCUCCAUCAGUCUGGUGAAUCACACCGGUGCGGUGGUGGAGGGCCGGGAGUACCAGCUGCUGUGUGAGGUGCAGAACGUGGCGCCGGUGCAGUACCUGACGCUGCGCUGGUACCGCGGACAGGUGGAGGUGUAUAACCACACCUUCUCUGAGCUGUCUCCCACCACCCCCGUCCAGGUGUCCUCCACCCUGCUGAUCAACCCCGGCCGGGCGGAGGACGGAGCGCCGUACCGGUGCGAGGCGGCGCUAGAACUGGGACCUGAAGGACCUCAACCUCCACCCAGAGUGAAGUCCCAACCAAUCACCAUCACUGUUCACUACCCCCCCGACCCGUUCAGUCCGGAGCAGGAGGUGGUGGAGCUGGUUGGAGGGGAGGGUGUCGUGCUGAAUUGUUCAGCAGGAGGAAAUCCGCCUCCUUCAUACAGCUGGAGUUCUCCAAACCUGGAAGAGUUUAGUGAUGAGAACCAGCCCGUCCUCACAGCGCCAUCCUCAGGUACAUACACCUGUACCGCCUCCAACCUGCUGGGAAAAGCAAGCAAGACCUUCACCAUCAAGACCAAAUCCAAAGGUGUUUAAAUUCAGAGACGUUUCUUACGUUUGACUGGGAUAUACUUCCAGGUGUGAUAUCUUCACUAUGACGACACCCAAUCACACCGCUGCUCACGUUACCUGUUCUAACAGUCGUGUGUAUGAGUGAAUCUAACAGUAUAUAUACUGUGUGUGAGGUCUGUGUUAGCUGAGAUCUGGAUGUCUAACUGGCUGUUUUUAUUUUAUUUUUAAGAUAUUUUGAUAUUAACCGAGUAUAUUCAUAAAUAAAUCACAUUAAUAUAAUAUAAUAAAGGCGUGUCUUGUC